AUGGACGCGUUUCAAAAGCUGCCUGUAGAGAUUGUCCUUUCUAUAGUACAUCACACGGCAGACUUUUUCGGAGUCUACAGUUUGCUCCAGGUAUCUCCAUGUAUGCGAUCAGUGUUUGAAGCCAAUCAUUCGCGACUCCUCGAAGAUCUCCUGACAACUUGUCCAAGCACUUCAUAUGAGCUGCACCAGCUAGUCCGCAUAGCGGUAUUGAUUCGCACGCCUUCAUUUAAGCCUUUGAACUUUGAUGAAUUCGCACUCGCCUCACAUGCCUCCGCACUGACGGGUCUGCAGAGUCUGUCGGAGGCGAGUGCCUAUGAGAUGAUCAAAAUCGCUGCUCGGAUUCAACAUCUUGCCUGUGUCUGCUUAUCAAAGAUGUUGCAAAGCUUUCGCGAUGCCCAAUAUGACCCGGUAUUCCCAAAAUUGUGGGAAACAAAUGGUACCGACCCCUUUUCAUGGAUUGAAGAGUUUCGCGUCUAUCGAAUCUUAUGGCGCCUCCAAAUCCGAUCGGAUCUUCAGCUUGCAGCUGCCGCCCAGGAUAAAAGCGGGGAAGACUGGGGUGGAUGGGGCUGGCCGUCUACUGAAAUCCAAAAACUCGCAACCUACUUUGACAUGUCACAUAUGCAAGCGCAGCAGACGCAUGGGGUCGCAGAUAUUCUUCGAGAAUUAGGUGCGCUAUUCUCGCAUGAACAGGAAGUGUUGGGCCCAUCACUUAGGGACGAUAUGAGUCCUGAUUUCCAAUAUCCGAUGCCACUGAUCGAAUCUUUGCAAAUAUCUACCCCCGACAAGAAACCUAUAUGGUGUCCACCAGCGCUACCCGAGGACACGGGGGUGGAUAAGAUAUGGGGAAGAUCUACACGCAGCUGCCGAAUCUCGAAACAAGGGGUAUUUUAUAAGGCCAUUCAGAGAGACUUUCCUUUUCAACCCGGGGUCUACGUAACCGGAUUGGAUGAUUUGCGGCCAUUUUAUCGGACAGGUGUCUUUAUAUGGGAUAACUGGCGGAUGUACUCGUUGCGUCUUAUAAGUAUGAAAUCGGGAGAUGACCCUCGGGCACCGUACGGUUGCAACUUUGAAUUGCUCCUUGAAACACCGGAUGGUGCUUGGGUUGAUCCGGCUCUCACUGGACGGGGAGACUUGCAGAAGACGUGGUCUGCUCUGUUACAAAGGUCUAUAGGAGGGUCGGAAUCAAUCCAUAGACGUAUAUAA